GUAUCUCUCCCGGACAGCUCCAGGUUUUUUCCAGGAGGGAAAAGGCGCUCGGAUGUGCGCCGCGGCUCUCUCUCUCUCUCCCUCCCCUACUUCCACCGGAGGAAAUUAUUCAGCAAGAUCUGAAGGAGGUGCGACCUGAAAUGACUGGUUGAUCGUCCCUCCGCCUCUAAAACCUCGGAACCCCGGCGGAUUUCAGAGCAUGAGCGGAUGAAACGAGAAGUUAAAGGAGUGUCGAUGGAUAAACGUCGAACGGAUGAGAGGAACCGUCUGGUGCUGUCGGUGAAGUAAAGUCAUCCAGGGGAGCGCAGGCGGGCUGCUUGGUCAGGACUGCGCCUGCCUUACGUAACUGAGCUUUGUGGAGAGACUGGCAGCGAAACCGCUGGUGCUGGAGCUGUGAAAUCACACCGAGGAAAACGCAGGUGAAGAGAGAGUCCCAAGUUUCAGCAUGAUCAGCGAGGACGCCGCCUCCCAUCGCCAGUGAGCACAUUGAGAUGAACGAGGGCCACAGGCAGGGAGGAGGGGCUGUCACCGUGGAGGCCGAUGCCAUCCUCCACACAGUGAACCCUGACCUUGUCUCGCUUACCGACAAAAACAGGAAUCUAUGUCCAGGUUUUGUGCAGGGGUUCCUGCAGGAUGACCCGGGUUUCAACCCUCUUCCAGCGUUCGAGAAGGAAUACCUGCUGGACGGAACACUGAUGGAGAACAACCACAUGGAUCAUCAGAAAGGCAACAGCUCGUACAUCUCGAGAGAUGACCAUGUUUGUAGUGAUAAGGGAAGCCCCGGCGACCCUCCUCACCCCGCCGUGUCCAAUCACAUGCAACAAAAUUGUGCAAGCAGCGAAAUCCACAAUGGCGCCAGAGCUAAAGUGUCUUACAGUGCAGAUUCCUCCAUAUGCUUGCCUAGCCAAGUCAAACAGGAUACUGAUCGGUCGGUUCUAAAAUCAAACCUCGAGCGCAGGGACAGCAGCCAGGAAGCUGAAAACACACGUUCCAAACAAGAGCCUGAUUUAGUCAUCGAAGUAGGCGGGCAGACGAUCAACGCUCACAAGUCUGUCCUGGCAGAGAAGAGCGACUACUUCAAGGCACGGCUGUCGCGCAACAUCCUCAAAGUGAAGGGCAUGAGCUACAAGACUUUGUCCACGCUGAUAGACUAUGUUUACACCUCUCAGAUCAAAGUUAGCAAAGACAAUGUUGUCGAUGUCAUCACGGGGGCUAAAAUCCUGCAGAUCCCCUGUGCCGUCCAGGCAGCCAUGGACUCCAUGUCCGAACAGAUCACCGCUGAGAACUGCUACGAGAUUUUGACCAUCGCCAAAAAGCAGCGACUGAGCGAACUGAAGGAGACCGCCUACGGAUUCAUGAGCGACAACUUCCUCCAGGUCCUCAAAGACCCGGCUGUGUACGGGCGUCUGACUGGAUCUGAGAGGGAUCUGAUCCUGAAGAAGAGACUGGAGGGCAGGAAGACUCUGAUGGUUGCAGAGAUCAAUGAUGUGUUUGAUCGAGUCGGGAGCCGACCACCGAGUCGCUGCGGCAGCCGUCCGCAGAGCCCCUUGUCGGUGGGGUCUCUGGAAGAAAACCAUAUGAUUUACUCCUUCAGUGAAGCAGCAAAUGACUGGAGACCUUUGACUGCGAUGCCUGAGGACAUAAACACUAAAGGGUGCGGGAUCUGCACCAUGUAUAACUACCUGUUUGUGGCAGGAGGAAUUAAGGGCUACGGGGACAAGGGCAAAGUUUCAGACAAGGUGUUCUGUUACAACCCCAUAACCAACCGCUGGGCCGAGGUCCGACCUCUAAUCCAGGCACGUGCCCAGCUGAAGCUUGUGUCUAUGGAUGGCUACCUGUACGCCAUUGGAGGGGAAUGUUUGUUUACAGUGGAAAAAUAUGACCCUCGAAUGGACCGCUGGACAACAAUAGCCCCUUUGCCCAAGGGAGCCUUCGCAGUGGCCCACGAAGCCACCACCUGCAGCGGAGAACUUUACGUCUCAGGAGGCUCCCUUUUCUACCGUCUCCUUAAGUACGACCCCAAGAGGGACGAGUGGCAGGAGUGCCCCUACAACAACAGCAGGAAGAAGUCCACGGACAUGGUGGCGUUGAAAGGCUUCAUCUACCGCUUCGACGUCAACCGCGAGCAGGGAAUCACCGUCUUCAAGUACAACACCAUAGUGAAAAUGUGGCACGACUGCGCAUCGCAGAGGCUUGGAAGUCAUUUACCCUUCAGGUGUGCCGUUAUCGGAAACUGCAUCUACUGUGUGAACAAAAGCCAGACUCUUCAGUUUGUAGUGGAGGAGGAGAACUCCUACUUUGUCGAGGAGACGCUGAGGGCACCUCUGGAGGCGAAAGGCGUUCUUUUUCCUUUUGUUCUCACUUUGCGCGAAAAGCCUGAAAAACUUACAUAGAGCGCGAUUCCAGAAUAACACGUAAUAAAUGUCACAGCAAAAACUGCAAUAAGCAGAAGCCCUUACGUACACUCUUCAAUGUCAGCUUUCUAUCUCAAUGUCUCAUUGCCUGCUUGCAAUGGAAUGUGUGUAUUUGCAUGGCAGUUUAAUGCAUCUACAGGGUUAAGCCUUAACAGGAUUUUGUAAUGUUGAAUGAAUGCAACGAUACUUGUAUGUGACUGUAGAUAAUGACAUGAUGAAAGUGAUUAUUCUGUGUGUUCAGUUCUGUUUGGUGCACUUUUGUAGUUAGAAUAGAUAUUAUUUAGGACAUAUUAACUAGCUGACUGGUGACUUUGGUAACAAAAACAAAGUGUUUUGUUGAAAAUCGUAUUUAAAGACUUGGAAGCAGUGACGGUGUGCUUUAUGAACGAUGCAACACAGGUUCUAUGCAAACGAUUCAGAACGUACAGGCGGAGCUGCUGUGAUGUCGUGCUGUUUUGUAGUGACGAUGACUGGAAGGAGUACAGUGUUUCACAAACCAUAGUCUGCACUGCCUUUGGUUCACCCUCUGAAACAAGGUCACAUGAUGAUCUGCAAAAAACAAGCCAUCGUAUCCGUCCUCUGAAACACACAAAUAUUCCCCUCGGGGGCAAUUAGGGAGCUUGUUGUACCUUUAUUGCUUCAGGGGACCUCUUCAGUCAAGCUAAAGCUUUACAUUAUUGCAUUACAAAUCAGACGUUGUAGUAAAAGUAUAUAAAUCACGUAUAUUUUUCGAUUCAGAACAUGCUAUUUUGCUUAUAGUGCACUCUCGGGUGUAACAGUUCCUACAGUAAGUACAUUCGCCAAAGAUUCAGUCGGGCUCCAUUAAAAUGAUCAAAACUGACAUUAUUUGUGGAAUAAGUUCAUUUCACUCAUGUGACCACAAGGAAAACCUAAAGCAAUAGUUAUUUUUGUACAAGAAAGGGUCUCAUGUUUGCUGCUUGCGGGCAAUUUUUUGGAAAGUUUUGGUAAAAGCUGCUGCUCUGGUCUGUAUUUCCCCCGUUUGUGUUUCAUACCAUAGAUCACCUGCUACCAGCUUACUUCUCUGGUAAAGGUGUUCAGGUCAAAUCAAAUACUACAGAGCACCGAUCAGUCCAAUCUUACGACACUAAUAAGCCAUGUUCUUCUCGCGUCAGUGCACAUUAAUACGAAUUUUACUCUAAAUUUCCUUCUUUUAGUCAUUUGACAGUAUUUGUUUGCUGCUGCGGUAACACAGUGGGAGUUUUGUACGGAAGCUAAAGCUGAUAUAUUCUUGGAACAAACCGCUUUUGAUAACGUUUGUAGAAGUGUCUCCGAGCGGUCGAUGUGACUCAGACAAACUGGAUGUGGUUUUGAUAUUUUCGCUGGCUGGCAUCUGUAUUUUUGUGAAUUUUUUCGUACGGAUUUUUUGGAUCUGCUGCUGUGAUGGACGGUGAAGUGAUGCAAUGCAAGGCGACGGCUUCCUGUUCGUGGUAUUCAUGGAGUGGGCUAGCAAAUAAGCUGUUGGAUAAUGUAUAUCAGUCAAAAUCUAAGUGCUUCAAAUAAAAUAUUUUGUGUCUGAAAAGGA